AUGCCAGCCAACGCUCCGCCGCCGAGUCCAAGUCAAAGCAGCGAAGCCAAUGACGAUGCCAACUUCAAUAUUCAGGGCCCUCCGCCCGUCUCCCGGGUAUGGGAAGGGCGAGCUUGGGCCCUCGAAGUUGUCCAGCAGCUCAUCCGCGCUCGCAUGUGCGGAUUUGGUGACAAGGACCGCCGACCUAUCUCUCCCCCGCCUUGUAUCAGGUUGGUCAUUUUUGAUCCACGGACGGGAGAAGAGAUCGACUAUGAAAAAGUGGCGGAUCUUUCGAGACUCGUGCUGAACGUCGAUUUAUGGAACCUUCAAGGUUCACGAGAAGAUAACUGUGUCAAGCACAACACCUCGUCGCCGUCCAUUUCAUCGGUGGUCGCGACGGCAUAUCCGCACGCGAUGGCCGCUUCAACGCCAGGUUCAGCACUGCCCACCUACAACAUUGCAAACAUUCCAGCAUUAUCAUCACAGGCUUUCACAUCGCCAACGGCAGCAACGGCUCCUCCACCGGCACCCUCUGCCUACAACGGUAACAACAAGGAGGACCCACGUGCGCAUACCAACGGUCAUCUCGGGUAUGCCCAGCGAGCUCCGCCCUUCCCAUAUCCGCAGUAUCAAAAUGGUUAUGAGCAAACCUACCAUUCACGUGCUUCCACUGUCGGUUCGAUCUCGUCUGGCAGCCAGUUACGGUCUGCCCGUUCAUCUCAAGAUUUGGGAGGACCACCAAAAGAAACUGCAAUUGCCAAAAACCUAAUCGGAAGCGCGUCUUCGAGCGCUUUCCGGUUAAAGGAUGACAAAGGGAAAGUCGGAUUAUGGUUUGUCCUUCAGGAUUUGAGCGUUCGUACAGAAGGCUGGUUCCGGUUGAAGAUGAAUUUCUUCAACUUGUCGGAAUUCAUCCUCAGCGAAGGGGACACCAGUGGUACACUCCAAAACCCCGAGCUGUUCAGCGAGGCACCGUGCCUGGCAACCGCCUUCAGCCGACCAUUCAAAGUAUACAGCGCCAAGAAGUUCCCCGGCGUGAUCGAAACCACUGAAUUGAACCGGCAGUUCGCCAAACAAGGGAUAAAAAUCCCCAUCAGGAAGGUUGACACCAACAACAGCAAAAAGCGAAAAGGUGUCGAUGAUGACGACUACGAUUCUAACGGGGAGAAUGACUAA